UCUCCAUUUUUCUUUCUCUGCAGGCUGCAGUCGAAGCUGAAGGGCGAGCGGUGUCGGUCAUCCCGCUCGAUGUGCAGCCUGGCGCACAGUUCUCUUGGCACCGAACCGGCUCCGUCAACCCCGUCCUCCCCGAAUCUUUCGUCGCAGCCCAGCAUAUUUUUUUUCCAUGCAAAGCGGACCGGUGUUCACCUGGGGCCCGUUUCGGGAGGUGGAAAAACAAAAAAAAAGUCGCCGUAAGCUCGUAGCUUAGCUCGGACGCCGUGUGGACUUCCAGCCUGGUACCGAAGCGACGGAUGUGAGGAACAAAGAACGGACGGACCGACGGACAUCGCCGUCACUCUUUCUUUUUCUUUUUUUUUUUCUUUUUUUUUUUUAAACAAUGGGCCUUAUAUUCGCCAAACUGUGGAGCUUCUUCUGUAACCAAGAGCACAAGGUGAUCAUCGUCGGCCUGGACAACGCCGGCAAGACCACCAUCCUGUACCAGUUCCUGAUGAAGGAGGUGGUCCACACGUCGCCCACCAUCGGCAGCAACGUGGAGGAGAUCGUGGUGAAGAACACGCACUUCCUCAUGUGGGACAUUGGCGGCCAGGAGUCGCUCCGGGCCUCCUGGAACACGUACUACUCCAAUACGGAGUUUGUCAUCUUGGUGGUGGACAGCACAGACAGAGAGCGUCUGGUCAUCUCCAAAGAGGAACUCUACCGGAUGUUAGCUCACGAGGACCUGCGCAAAGCGGCCGUGCUGAUCUUCGCCAACAAGCAGGACAUGAAGGACUGCAUGUCGGCGGCCGAGAUCUCCAAGUACAUGACGCUGAGCUCCAUCAAGGACCACCCGUGGCACAUCCAGUCCUGCUGCGCCCUCACCGGGGAAGGCUUAUGUCAAGGCCUAGAGUGGAUGACGUCACAGGCUGGACUCAGAUAGCCCCCCCCCCCCCACCCCCAUCUUCAUGGACUUCUGAGGGCGAACCCAUCUUUUUCUCACUUUGAGGAAAAACAAACCCGACGGCACGACCACGUCGACAAGCGAGUUUUUGUGCCAUGACUUUUGCACGCCGGUGUCCAUUUAAGGGAAGUCUUUUUCAUUUCUACUGAUGAGUUCAAGGACAUAAAAAAAAAAAAAAAUGACCCCCCCCCCACAUUUUCUUUUUUGUCACACGUAAGCUACUUUGCAGUUGGUGGUUUGGCUCCACGAGCAAAAAUGUGCUUAAUUCUAGUUUUCCUUCUUUUUAUCCCCUCCUCGUCUCCCCUCUUGGACAAACUGUUCUUUUUUUUAUGACAGUAUUUUAAAUUCCACUAUUUAAUGUCAUCCUUUCUCAGUGUUUAGCCAGAGGAUCUCCCCCCCCACCCCUCAGAUAAAUGGUGCUCUUGCAUGUGCGCAAGUUUGUAAAAACUCCAACAGGGGGUGGGGGGGGGCCCACACACAGUACUUGGGCCGCGUCCUACCUAGUCAGUCAAAAAUACUUGAGCCGAAGCCUUAAGCGCAGUCUUGUGUCUCUGUAAGAUUCAAUCAAGAUGUCUUCUCAAAAGGAGCUCGUGUUACAUUUAUGACAAUUAAAUAUUUUUGAGUCA